AUGAGAUGGUUACCCCAUCAUCCUAAGAUUGUGAUGAGAUACCCCCAUAUUAUAACCUUGUCGUCUCCAUUUAUUGAUGUCAUUUUUAGGUCGAAAAUUGACAAACUCUCCAUUCUCGGUGUCCGAUCCUUUGACAACACCCGAAGCGAGACCAUCCAAUUCCACACGCCGUUGACUUUAAUAGUAGGAUAUAAUGGAUCGGGAAAGACUACCAUCAUUGAAUGUCUCAAGUAUGCAACGACCGGCGAACUACCGCCCAACAGCAAGGGUGGCGCGUUCAUCCAUGAUCCCAAGCUGUGUGGAGAUAAAGAGGUUCUUGCCCAGGUAAAAUUAGCAUUCAAAGCUACCUCCGGGGCAAAAAUGGUGGCGACCCGAAGCCUGCAACUUACCGUGAAGAAAACAACGCGACAACAGAAAACGCUAGAAGGGCAGCUAUUAAUGGUCAAGGAUGGGGAACGAACGGCGAUUUCUUCUCGCGUUGCCGAACUAGAUCAGAUCAUGCCGCAGUACCUCGGCGUUUCGAAAGCAAUCCUCGACUCUGUGAUUUUCUGCCAUCAAGAUGAAAGUCUCUGGCCAAUGAGCGAACCCUCCGUACUCAAGAAGAAAUUCGAUGAAAUUUUCGAGGCCAUGAAAUACACAAAGGCGAUUGACAAUAUCAAAGCGCUGAGAAAGAAGCAGAACGAGGAGUUGGCCAAGUUCAAAAUCAUGGAGCAGCAUUCGAAGGAAGAUAAAGACAAAGCAGACCGCGCAGAGAAACGAUCGAUUAAAUUACAAGAGGAGAUAGAAGCUUUGCGGGAGGAAACACAUCGGAUUUCACAAGAAAUGCGAAAUGCUGCCGACUUAGCUGAUAAAGCUUGGAAAGAGUCUGAAAGUUAUGCGCAGGUCAUUGGUACACUUGAGGGAAAACGCAUUGAAGCAAGGAGCGUCCAGUCAACGAUCGACAAUCUGAAGCGACAUCUUGUGGAAGUCGACGAGUCUGACGAGUGGCUACAGUCUACGCUUGAGCAGUUUGAGUCAAGACAGCUCGAGUAUCAACAGCAGGAAGAUGCGCAAAAAGAGAGAUAUAUGGACAUCAAGGAACAAAUUGAGUCGAACCGCGAUCAAUUAGGAUUGAAACAAGCCGAAGUUGGAAAGUAUGAAAACGACAAGGAUCAAUUCGAACGUCAAAUUGGACGUCGAGAAAACAUGAUCAAAGAGUUCGCCCGAGAGAACAAUAUUCGUGGAUUUGACGAUACUUUGGAUGAGCCGAAAAUCGACGAGUUCAUGCGCAGAAUGCAAAAGAUGGUCAAAGAGCAUACCCAGGCAUUAGAGCGGGCCCGAAAGGAAGGACAAUCGGAGGUUCGAGAGACUCAAAACGUUCUCAAUCAGAUUGCGCAGCGAAAGUCCGCAUUUAAAGAGGCCAAGAAUGUUGCGAGAAGGCAGAUUUCGGACAAUGACAAAGAAGCAGCAUCAGUACAAAGCCGGCUGAAUGAAAUUGACGUAGACGAGGGUACCGUUGCUGUUCUCGAGUCACAGAAGGAGGAGGUCCAAUCACGGCUCGAGAGAUUGAAAGAUGUUGCUCGUGGUGCGAAAUGGGAUAAAGAUCUCCAAGAUGCCAACACUGAGCUUAGGUCUCUUGAAAACGAAAGUACUAAGCUCAAUCAAGAGCUUAUUGCAGGGACCAAAAAGGCCGGCGAUCUAGCACGACUUGCACAUAUGAAGAAGGAACUUAAAGAUCGCGAACGCCAAUUGGAGACAAUGUCGGGCGCCCACGGAGACCGUCUCUCGCAACUUGUCAGCGCGCAAUGGAGCCCGGAUAACCUUGAACGUGAAUAUCAGAAUGUCGUAGCGGAUGUUGCAAAUAGCAUGACAUUAGCUGAACGGAAUCGCGAUGGCAUUGGACGAGAGCUUGAUCAAGUUGAGUUCAAGCUGAAGGAUUGCAGAGCAACUCUUGAAAAGCGGAAAAAAGAACGUGAUCAAUGUCUGAAGAAGAUUCGCGAUGCAAUCGACGAUGACCCUACUGAGUACCUUGAUAUCCUGCAAACAAGACAGAACCAUAUGGACCAAACUAGGAAGGAUGUCGAGCAGUUUGCGGGCAUGCAUGGGUAUUUCAACAUGUGUCUGGACGCUCUUGACCAGAAGAAAAUGUGUAGAACAUGCAUGAGACCUUUCAAGAACGAAACCGAGAUGCGAACCUUCAAGAACAGACUAGAAGGUCUUAUUAAAAAGAACUUUUCUUCUUCAGAUGAGGAUUUGAAACAGGCCGAAGAAGAUUAUGAAAAUGCUCGAAUGGUGAAUACCGAUUACGACACCUGGCUACGCCUGACGGAGACUGCCAUUCCAGAACUAGAAAAGAACGAAGAACAAUUCCAAGGUCAGAAGGAAGAAAUUUUGAAAAAACUGGAAAGCCAUGAUACCACUGUUGAUGAACGAGCGGAGAAGAAGCGAGAAAUCGAGUCUCUUUCCCGCACUGUGACGUCUAUAGUUCGCAUUGACGGGGAGAUCAAAUCCCUGCGUUCUCAAAUAGCAGAAGUGUUAUCUGAGCAACCCCAGGGCGACUUCUCGCGGGUUUUGGAAGAUAUCCAAAAUGAUAUCGCGGCAAUCGGGGAGAAAUCGAGAGCUAUCAAGUUGACCAUCUCUAAGCUCUCUUCAGAGAAGGAUCAGUCUCGAGAUGACCUCAAUAAGGCCGAAUUAGCGCUCAGAGACGUACAGGGCAGUCUUGCCAAUGCUAGCCAUGAGCUUGAGAAGAAGACAGGUCUUCUCGCUCGUGUCGAGGAAUAUAAGAAGUCGAACGCAAAGCAGCGAGAGUCGAUUGAAAAGGCUGAUCGUGAUAUCGAUCAGCUGGAGCCAGAGAUUGCUAAAGCUCAGGCAAAACUUGACGAUAUCAGCCGGCGUGCUGAAGCUAAAGAACGGGAACUCCAACAAGCUUUGACACGUCUUUCUGACCGCGUAAAUCAACUGAAUCUUGCUAACGAUGAAAUCAAGUCAUACAUUGAUCGUGGCGGUCCAGAGCAGUUGAACAAAAGCAGGAAGGAGCUAGAGAACAUUCAGCAAGAAAUCAAGAAGCUAGAAGAGCAACAAAGUGAAACCACCCGUGAGAUUAACAAGAUAUCCGCCCAACUUAAAGACAGUGACAAUACCAGAAGACAGUACUCAGACAAUAUAUCUUACCGUCAAUCAUGCAGAUUGUUAGAGGAGGUCCAGCGCGAGAUACAGCAACUGGAAGAACAGAACGCAGAGAUUGACCGGAGCCGAUUCAAGGAAGAGUCAGAGCGAUGGACGCGAAAGCAUAAUGCACUUGCUGCCCAGCAGGCAAGUAAAAUGGGCGAAAUGAAGUCAAAGGACGAUCAACUCUUACAAUUACUUGCUGAUUGGAAUACCGACUACAAAGAUGCGGCUGCUAACUACAAGGAGGCUCACAUCAAAGUGGAAACCACCAAAGCAGCAGUCGACGAUCUCGGUCGUUACGGAGGAGCUUUGGACAAGGCUAUUAUGAAGUACCACAGUCUCAAGAUGGAAGAGAUCAAUCGCAUUGUCGAGGAGCUUUGGCAGCGAACCUACCGAGGCACAGACGUGGAUACCAUCUUGAUCAGGUCCGAUAACGAGAAUGCCAAAGGAAAUCGCUCCUACAACUACCGCGUUUGUAUGGUCAAACAAGGAGCAGAAAUGGAUAUGCGUGGUCGGUGCAGUGCCGGACAAAGGGUUCUCGCCAGUAUUAUCAUUCGUCUUGCUUUGGCCGAAUGCUUCGGCGUCAAUUGUGGUCUCAUUGCGCUGGAUGAGCCUACGACAAACCUGGAUAGGGACAAUAUCCGUUCUUUGGCAGAAUCAUUGCAUGAUAUUAUCAAAACACGCCAGCAGCAGGCCAACUUUCAGCUGAUUGUCAUCACCCACGAUGAGGAGUUCCUGCAUCAUAUGCAGUGUGCUGAUUUCAGUGAUUAUUACUACCGAGUCUCGCGAAAUGAACGGCAGAAAUCUAUCAUUGAGAAGCAGUCCAUUGCUGAGGUUAUGUGA